AUGGGAAAGCUGGCUCCGAAAUCCCUCUUCCGCAAUGCGAUCAACCGUGUGGUGACCAACUGCAUGACGCCCGAUACUGUGGCUUCUAUCCUCAAAGCCGAUACCCCCAGCACAGCCCGACUCGGCCGUUGUCCCUACCAGAAUCGUACCCUCCACAAAACUUUGAACUGGACCAAGCACCACUGCAAGGGUCCAGCUCUGAUUUCCUUCUUCCACAACUGGCACAGCCUUAUGGCGGGCGACGGCACCAGGAAGCUCCUCAUAAUCAUGAGCUCCAUUCUCCGGCCCAAAACUGGUCGGCCCAACCCAGCCAGACUCCUCGAGGUCCAUGUCGAUACGCUGCGGGGACUGCCAUUAAUCAGCAUCCACAGGCGGCAACCAUCGUCCAGGACUGGCUGCAAGAGAUGA